AUGCCAAACAUCUCUGAUAAAGCUGUGGGUUUCAAGAAGGAAGCAGAAACAAUCAUAAAUCGGCUUAUUUAUGGGUCAAAGGAGAGAAAAGUUGUUUUAAUUACAGGCAUGGGUGGAUUGGGAAAGACAACUCUGACUAGGAGAGUGUAUGAGGAGAAAAAAGUAGCCAAACACUUUGACAACAGUGCAUGGUGUACAGUUUCUCAAGAAUAUGAUUACAAGCACUUGUUGAACAAAAUAUACAGUCAAGUAUGUGGUAGGGGGAUAGAGAUUGGCAAUGUAGCUGAAGAGCUUCGCAAAUGUUUGAUUAGAAGGAGAUAUCUCAUAGUGUUGGAUGAUAUUUGGAGUGUUGAAGCAUGGGAAGAGUUAAAUAGAGUCUUUCCCUCAUGUGACAAUGGAAGUAGAAUUGUUUUAACAAGCAGAGAAGAAAGUGUGGUUUCUGAUGCCAAAUAUAUUUGUUGUCUUCCUUUCUUCACUAUUGAUGAGAGUUGGGAAUUAUUUCAAGUGAAGUUAUUUAAAGGGAAUGAAUGUCCUAAAGAGCUUGAAAGUAUUGGCAAAGAAAUAUCUAAAAAGUGUGGGGGGCUACCGUUGGUUAUUGGCUUGGUAGCCGGGCUUCUGGUAGGAGUUGAAGAGAGUGAGCAAAUGUGGCAAGAAUUUUUUCUUACUUUAAACUCAUAUGCUGAGUUUAGAGAGGGAAUACGGAGCAAUGACGCGAUAGAGCUUAGUUACAAGUAUUUAUUAGAUCAUUUGAAACCAUGCUUACUUUACUUUGCAGCAUUCCUAGAGGAUGAAAGAAUUGAAGUUUCCUAUCUAAUAAAACUAUGGAUAUCUGAAGGGUUCAUAGACAUUAAGAAGGAGAGAGUAGAAGACACCGCAGAGUAUUGUUUGAACCAUCUGGUUGGCAGUAACUUAGUAAUGAUUUCUGAAAGGAAGUACGAUGGUGGCAUCUUAUCAUGCAUUGUUCAUGAUUUGAUACAUGAGUUUUGCUUAGCAAAAGCUAAAGAGGAAAAUUUCUUGCACAUAAUUAAGAUGGAAGAUAAGUUGAAUCCAACUCUGGAAUUUACUCCACAUCGGAUAUCUUUCCAUAGAUAUGUUGGUAAUGAGAUUCCUAAUGAAUUGGUAGCAUGGAAUUCUUCUAUCCACACACUUUUUGGGUUACCCAAAGGUUAUCAUAGACUAUGA